AUGGCAGCCUCCUGCGACACAGCCACUGGUCGAGAGGUUGAACAACGGUGGAUUGUCCCAUCCAGGGGCUUCGACUUGGAUGCGGUGGCAACCGCCUUGGGCAACAAUUCCGCCCACAGUGACACUCCUGAAUGUCAAGACAGCGCCUUGUCUCUCUGUGACCUCACUGGAGGAAGGGCAAACAAGCUCUGUUGGGCUUAUCUUACAAGUGCAGCAACCCCACUGCUGAGAAGUCUGAGACCUCAUCGCCUUCCAUGGGCCACACCUCCUAACCGCACCGCGUUGAAUACCUCUUUUGUCCAGGUACCAUCCCCAGUAUCAGAACCUGAAGAAGAAAAUGAUCCUGAUGGUCCCUGUGCUUUCAGAAGGCGGGCAGGAUGCCAGUAUUAUGCUCCUCGUUUGGACCAAGUUAACCAUACAUGUGAAAAUUUAGAAUUGGCAGAUUUAGACAAGUUGAGGUAUAGGCAUUGCCUUACAACACUCACAGUCCCGAGAAGAUGUAUAGGAUUUGCAAGGAGGCGAAUUGGCAGAGGCGGAAGGGUAAUAAUGGACCGAAUAUCCACAGAACAUGACCCAGUCCUGAAACAAAUAGACCCUGAAAUGCUAAAUAGUUUUUCAAGCUCUUCCCAAACUACAGACUUUUCUUCUAAUUUCUCUCGGACCAAUGCUUCCAGUAAACCUUGUGAAAAUAGACUGUCCCUUUCUGAAAUAUUAAGCAAUAUCAGAUCAUGUCGACUACAGUGUUUUCAGCCAAGGCUGCUAAAUUUACAGGACAGUGAUAGUGAAGAAUGUACCUCAAGAAAACCAGGGCAGACUGUGAACAAUAAAAGGGUCUCUGCAGCAUCUGUAGCUUUAUUGAACACCAGCAAGAAUGGCAUAUCAGGUAAGCUAUCACUUGUGUUACGAGUUUUUCCUGAUGGUCUUUUCUCCUUAAUUUUCAUUAUCCCCUAAAUAAACUCACAGUAAUUUUUGGAGGUUUAUUUUCUUACACGCACUCAGAAAAGGAAUUUAUCUUAACUUAUUACCUUUGUUUUUCCAGCCUAAGAAACAAAAUCCUACUAAUGUUCACAUUUUAAACAAAAUGCCCUAACUGGUAUCUAUAAAACCACUGAUGUGUAUUUGGAAUGUGUCUGUCUGUCUGGUGUAGUGAGUGUGUGGGCAGAAUGUAGAGAGAGUUCCUUAUGGGCAUUCUGCUUGCAAGCUGCCACAAGAUUGUCAAAACAGUGAUAUCUGCUGCUUAUGUUGAAGAAAAGUUUUACAUUUGUGUACUAACUUUGCUGAAAUCUUAACAUUGCUCCUUGAAAGUACCAUUGAUGAAAGCCUUUCUGGAAAAUGAUUUUUUAGGAUUCUCCCUCUGCAUAGUUGUGACUUUUUUUUUUU